AUGGCGGAAAACGGUAUGCGUGUGGAGUCUAGCGAUAGUGGGGGUGUCAGUGUAAAUGGUCAUCUGCAUGACAAUGCAUCAUCAACAGGAGGAGGAGGAGCAGCUGACCAGCAUGGCAGUUCGGACAAGGCAUCAACGCGUUUGAGCGAGGCGGCCCAAAAGUACAUGCAGGAGCUGUUGGUGGAACGUUCCAAAUUGGAAAAUACCUUUCCCUUGGCUGUGAAACUAAUCGAUGAAGCGCUGGAAAGGAUUCAACUGAAUGGACGUAUACCGGCCCGGGAACAAUAUGCCGAUGUCUAUCAGCAACGUACCAUAAAAUUAACCCAAAAGGUUCAUGUGCCUAUUAAGAAUAAGAAGUUUAAUUACGUUGGCAAACUGCUGGGCCCCAAGGGCAACUCCUUGCGUCGCCUGCAGGAGGAGACCCAAUGUAAAAUAGUCAUUUUGGGCCGUUUUUCCAUGAAGGAUCGUGCCCGCGAAGAGGAACUACGCAAUUCGGCCGACUUCAAGUAUGCCCACCUAAAUCUACCUUUACACGUUGAAGUUUCUACUGUAGCACCACCGGCUGAGGCAUAUGCCCGCAUGGCAUACGCCCUGGCAGAACUUAGACGUUACCUGAUUCCCGAUAAACACGAUGAUAUACGCCAGGAGCAGUUUCGUGAAUUAAUGGAAGAUCCAGAGGCGGCCAAGAAAAUAACAAUGCGUCAACAAAGACAACAGCAGCAACAACAACAGCAGCAGCAUCAACAGCCGCAUCAUCAGCAACAUAGCGGUGGAAGUCGUAGUGGUGGCGGUGGAAAUGGUAUGGGAGGUGGUGGUAAUAAUGGUGGUGGUCCUAAUAACAACAACAAUAAUGGUAGAUCGAAAUAUCAACCUCAUUCGCAACAAUAUCAUCAUAACGAUGAGACUGCUGUCUACUAUAGGCCCCAUAAUAAUUCUUACCACCAAAUGAAGCCUUAUGUGCCAGGUAAUCAACGUAUGCAUUCAGCAAUGCCACCAACUGCAACAAUUGUGGGUGCUUCACCAACCGGUCCAUUGCCAGUUGUCAAUGCUGCCAAUUAUAGUGGGCGAGGGGGUCCCGGCAUGAAUCCUGGUCCACCUGUUGGCCUCAAUCCAAAUAUACGAUAUCGUGCAUCCCAAAUGCCGUCAUAUCAAUAUGCAAAGAAAUAAUACAAC